AACGCGGAUUUGCUUUUCUCCUUUCCUUCUAUACCGAACAUUUGAACUUUUUUAAUGAAAGAAUAUUCGGACACUAGAGAGUAGAGAUCUUAAUCACACUUCAUCUCCAACAACAAAACUAAUAUCUGGAGGAAGAAAAUUAAUCUUCUAAGAUCAUGGAUGAUGCAGAUAAGAGUUGUAGCCCAUCGCUGGAUCAUAGGUUUUUCUUUUCAACAAAACAUAAUAUCUUCUUUUUACUUAUUUUUCCUUCUAUGUUUUAUACAAAACAACUCUAUGUAAAGAUUUAAAACUUGAUCUCAAAACUUGUAUCUUGAAUCUGCAAAAUCAACCCAAGUUUCUCUGCUCGAAUUACUCUCUUUCGUUCUGCUUUGUACGUUUCCCGCAAGUUUUCAUCUUCUUUAAAUCUUAAACUUCCUGAGCUACAUAGUAUUGUGUCCUUAGAUGUUUGCUGGUUUUCCUCACUAUGUUUUAAGGUGAAGUGUGUGUUUGUGUGUAGUGUUUAGGAUUUGUAUUUCUACGGCAACUUGUUGAUGAUGACUUAAGAGAUACUCAACACUUGGAUCUUAUCUUUACUAUGGACAAAUUUUACUUGUGGAUUUAGAUUGUGGACUAACAAGAUUUAUGAUACUUUCUCUUUAUCUCAGUGUGGUAUCAAUGAAAAAUGUUAAGUCUUUUGUUGACUGGUGUGAAUACUUUAUGGAUAGUUACUUGUAAUUAUGGAUAUGUCCCUUUAUGGUAUAAGCUGAGUGUUAGUCUUCUAUUUAUCCUUUACCUCUUUUUGUCUCAUGGAAAAUAAGUCAAUUCAUGACCUUUCACUAGAUUAACCAUAUAUGAUUUCAGCGAUAUCAACGAUCCGAUGAUAGUUGCUGUGGAAUCUCUAGACACAAGCAAAAAGAGAAAACUGCAUGCUGAAGAAUCAGACUUGUUACCCUUACCAAAACACUUUUGUUCUGAGCAUCAAGCCUCUCUUGUUAAUUCUUCAUGUCCAUCAUCAGUUAUAGAUUAUGCAGAAUGCUCUUAUGCCAUGGAGAACACAAAAACCAGCGAUGAAGCCUCCUCUUCUGCAUCUUUUACAGGCCCUUCUUUGUACAUGUUUAAAGACUCUAUUUAUUCAACCGGAAGUUCUAGUUCUGGUUAUGCUGCUACAUCAAGCAUAGAACAAUGCUUUUCCAAAGUUGAUCACAAAACACAAGAAGAUACCCAAGACUUUACUCACAUGGAAUUCAUUUAUCACGACUCCGAAUUUGCGGUCGAAGAUCUUCAAGAGGUUCUGAAUCCAGUUGAGUCUUAUAUUCUUUCUUCUGCAAGGUGGAGUGUCAGCAACCAAGAUUCCAAAGAAGCUACCACGAAACCAACCAUUGAUCAAGAGUUUGAGCAGUACUUUUCUACACUCAUGAUGUAAACAACAAGAAUCUAUCUACAUAUUUAUCAAUAUCACUAAUCACUGCAAUGUUUAUAUAAAUAUUUCACCUUGUUUUUGAAUAGAAACAUAUAUAAAACCAGAUCAGAACAAACCUUUUACAUGUUCCCGAUGUUGCAGACAAAUGAUCCAUGGAUCUCACCUUCAAU